AUGAUUGGUUCGCUCUACCUACAAUCGAAUUCGUUUCUGGUUCUGAAAAAGUCGCAAGUCGACGUUUUCGUUCUAGAGAGAGACUCAGAGUUUUUUGGUUUAAGAGGAGAGAGAGAGACACAGAGAGAAAUCGAGAGGAAGAGACACAGGGAGAACCUGAGAGCGAGAGAGAGGCUACCAUGAUAACGCGAUCGAAUCUGGCCGAACAGUUACGCGAGUAUCAGAUUCGAUCCAAGCAUGACUGGGCCUCUGUCUCGUUCUUCUCCUCCACUUCUUCAAACAUCGCCACUUCCAGGGUGGAUGUGGUGGUUUUUGUAAUAUGGGAACUUAUUAUUUUAGCCUUCUUGGUAUUUUCGGUAGUCUCUCUUUACUUCAAGCACAUCCGACUUGCUUUUAUUUUAGUCUGCGUCACUAUCCUAUUACUUUUAUGCAUGAAAAUUACAAAGCAAGUAAGACUCGCAAGGAAAAAGAAACGAAGGAUGCUUCUUCCAUUGUCAAUGUAAAACGGCAUCAAGUAUUGACAUUUGGCAUACUCCUAUUCUCGUACAGCCUUACCGAUAAGGUCUUGGCCAUUCUUGACCAUUUCCAUUGGUCCCGCAUCUCAUUCAUCACUGGAUCGUGUAUCAUCUGAUUCCACCAAAUUGACUAAAGUAUAUAAUCGAUGUUUUUACAUCAACACAAUCUUAUCCAAUUGGUUGAUC